CACCUACCUUCAUACCAUAUAAAAGCACAAUCAAUCACUAUGGGUGCGCUUCGAUCUUGUUGCAUGCGGCCACGACUUCGGCACCUUCUGGACAGCUAGAUUGCGGAAACACUCAAGGAUUAUGUGGCAGCAUCUCUAUCUCGUUUCCCUUGCUACUUGGGUCACAGCCUUGCCGACCCAGAGCUCUUCCUCCUCCGGCAGCAUCCACCUCACAAGUCGACGCCGUGCCAUAGUCUCUGAAUCCGGACGCGUCCUUCCAGAAGUCCUCACAGUCUUCAAUAACACACUCAAGAAGUACAACGUUGGAAGCUACAUAGCUCCAUACCCUGGUCUCGAUGGCACACUGUCAAGACGGCAAUCACCAGUCCCGCUCGUGGACCAAUGCGCCAAUGGUGGAAACGAUCUUUUGUACUACGGACCGAUUAAGAUCAGGGAUAAAACGUUUACGAUUGACUUCGAUACUGGGUCCGCAGAUUUUUUUGUGCCGGGUUCGGCUUGCGGAACCCAGCAGGGCUGUGCGGGAUCUUCGAAGUACGAUGGCGCAGGGAGAGACCUAGGGAAUACAACGUCUGUUACCUACGGCUCAGGAGCCGUUACAGGGAAGAACUAUCUCGACACAGUUACAGUAGGAAACUUAACUGCGACAGAUACAAAUGUGAUUGCAUUGUUGCAAGCGAAAGGGUUCAGUAAUUCACAGUCGGAUGGGUUGAUGGGGAUGGCUUUCUCGAAAUUAGCAAAUGCAAAGCAACCGACAUUCGUCGAGAGACUGAUCGCGGAGAACAAGAUUUCAUCAAAGGAAUUUUGCUUCUAUCUUGGCCGCUGCUCGGAUAACAGCGGUUCCACGUCUGAGAUGACCAUCGGUGGACGGAAUCCCUCCAAAUUCACCGGAACAUUUACCACAGUGCCACUCAAGAAGCAAGAUUACUGGCGUGUUGCCAUUGAUGGCGUCAAGGCGGGAGAUAUACCCGUCGCUAUUCCAGGAGAUGCGAUUAUCGACACUGGAACCACGGCUGUUGUCGCCUCACCUGCGUACGCAGUUCCGAUUAAUGAAGCUAUAGGAGGAAUCCCAGUUCCUCUUGGAUCAACAGGGUCGUUGGAGUUGAUUGCCUAUGCCAUUCCAUGCGACUCCAAAACCCAAAUCGCGCUCACAUUUGCGGGUCAAGACCUUGUCAUGAACAGCAAAGACAUGACCAUCGGCACCAUUGACAUAUCUUUCGCUACCCUUCUCAAUCAUGCGCCUCUCAUCUCCCGGGUGAAAGCCGCGGAAGCUAACCCUUCGGCUGUGUUGUGUCUGAGCAGUAUUCUGCAAGCGGAUGUAGGUGUGACAAUGAAUCCACCCGUAGCGAACUUUAAUAUAAUUGGGGACAGCUUCUUGAAGAAUUGGUACAGUUGUUUUAGUUAUAAUGGUGCGUCGGGGCAGCCAGGGGUGUUGUUUGCUAAGAGCAUUUGAGUUAGAGAGUGUAUAAUGAGGGAGAUAAAU